UGACGUUGUGCCAACCGCAAUGAGCGAACCGACUGCGCUAAGAAUAACUCGUGCUCAGCGCCUGUCGUCGCAGGCAUAACGAAACCAUGGGAGUUAACGAUACAAUAUUGCCAGAUCACGGCGGAUCAUCGCCCAAGCGAGCGCUGAAUUAAAUGGGACAAUCAGCACGCCUGAGGUCAACGCACUACGUAUACUUCAGGGCCCUGCAGGCGGGGACGCCGACAAACCAGGGCCCUGUUACAGCUGCACGCGUACCAGACGCCGAAGAUCACUCGGCAUGAGCGGAAUGGCGCAGAGUAAGGGAAAACCCCGUCUCGCUACUGCCGUGAUCGGCCCGAAAACAGCCAACGUACCGUGCGUCGACAAGCGCGUCGGGCAACCGAAGAAAUGCACGAUCUUUGUCGGAGUCCGGAAGCACGGUGGCCGACGUCUUUGUCGGCCACAGUGGUGGUACCCUGGAGCGGAAGGGGGUGCCCGGGAGGGGGAGAGACACAGGAGGACACGGGGAAACGAGGCGGAGGAGGCGGCGGAGAAGUCUCGUUUCGAAAAGGAGCUGCUCUCGACGAUUGAAGAUGAAACGCUCUACAUGUGAAGAUUAAACGCUCUACACGUGCGCCGUCGGCGUCCACUCCGGAACUUUGGAUCGUACAAACUCCGAAGGUCUCAGGCCGCAGUCCCACUUUGAAAGCCGCCCUUAAAGCGUGCAGCUGCUGGCCUAUAUACACACUGGCGCAGAUGCACCUAUACAACGAACAUAAAGAAAAACAUAUGGUGAAUAAGAGGAUGAAGGGGAGAGAGGGAGAGAGGGAGAGAGAUGGGUGCGGAGCGCGAGCCUGACAAAAAACAACAAACCGCAUCAGGUGGAAGGGGGAGAAUCGUGCUGCCUGCGCGGGCCGCGUCAGAUGCGGAUCGGGGACCUGGGGCUGUUGCACGAGGAGGGCGGCGACAUGCGCCGCAUUGAGACGGCCGCGCUCUCCAGGAUGUCCAGCUGGCGCGUCAGCUGGCGCGACAUGGCCUUUUCCUAUCCUGGCGUUUGCUGGACUCGUCCUGGUGCUUCUUCAAGAUGUCCAGCACGCUCACGACGUCGAUGUUGCGGGCGGGGCCCUUCAGGCGCGCGAUGCCCUGGAUGAACGCCUCGACGAGGACCUCAGAGUUCCCGUCCGCGAUCAGCUCAAAGAGCAUGUCGGUGUCAGCGCAGCGGAGUUCCAUGGCUUCGAGCCAGGUGCGGAUCGCAGGCUUCGCGAGCACGUACGCCAGCUCGUCCUUCGUGAGCAUGCCGUUCCCGUCCUGGUCAGCCAUUGUGAACAGGCGCGUGAUGGCAUCGGUAUGCUGGCUGGACUGCCUCAUCCUUGUCCUCACCAUGAUGAACUCGUCGUUCGCCGCGACGCUGAAAAUCUCCUGCAUGAAGGCACCAUUUAUCCGCCGACCCCCCCUGGGUGUCUCAAGGCGUUUGGGAUUCCUCCACCUCCUACACAGCAGAG